ACAACUCCACCGGAGGAAUCUGAGCCACUUUGAUUCAAAUAGCUGCUGCCACACGGAGAGCAAGAUUUCACAAUAAGACUGUUGCACACGAAACACAGAGAGAGAGAAAGACGCUGCUGCUGCUGCUUUCGCUGCUCUGUUGGAGUCCUGGAGCUUCAGAGUGCCAGCGACCCACAGGGGGCUUCAUGCACUUCCAUGCACUUUGACCUCAGGCUCUGAGGGAGAGGAGGGAUGAGGAAGAAUUACAGCGCCAUCCCGCUCAUCUGGGUGACAGAGGCAGAGCGCAGCGGCAGCGAUGGCAACAGCCUCAGCAUCCCGGUGCCGAUGCGACGCGGCGCCUCAGAGUCCAACCUGGAUGUGGUGGACAGCGUUGGAGUCGAUGGCGUUGGCGUGGAUUUUACAAAGGGAGCGCUCGGCAUCGACCGACUGCAGCAGAAGAUCCUCAAGGUGACGGAGCAGAUCAGGGUGGAGCAGGAGGCGCGGGACGAGAACGUGGCAGAGUACCUGAAGCUGGUGAACAACGCCGACAGGCAGCAGGUCUCCCGGAUCCGCCAGGUGUUUGAGAAGAAGAACCAGAAGUCUGCGCAGUCCAUCACUAAUCUGCAGAAGAAGCUGGAACAGUACCACCGGCGCAUGAAGGACGACGAGAACCACGGCAAGCACAGCCAGAAGGACAGCAGCAGCACCAGCAGCAAGGAGUCGGCCUCUCGCAGCAAAGACGACAGCCUGCGGGACAUCAGCUCCUCCGGCCGACACUCGGCGCUGGACAAGAUCAAGACCAUCGGCCCCGGCGUCUCGCUCACGCCGCCGUUCUUCUUCAACAAGCCGCGCGGCAUCGCCAACCUCAUCAAGAACAAGUUCGGCAGCGCCGACAACAUCGCCCAUCUGAAGAGCUCCAUGGAGAGCGGCUCAGGGCUGCACGCGGAGGGGGCGUCCCGAGGUCUGAGCGGCAGCGCCAACACCGUCGCCAAACCCUCCAAGUACCACAGCGAUGACGAGUGCUCCAGCGGCACGUCGGGGUCGGCCGACUCCAACGGGAACCCGGCGGGGGGCUCUGGGACCGGGUCGGUGGGUGCAGGGAGGUCCGAAUUCAGCGGACGCCUUAUGGAGGUGCUGGACAUGGUGCGGGAGGUGAGGGACGCUCAGACUCAGCUGGCUGAGGACAUGGACGCCAUGAACACGCAGUUCAAAAGAGACUACUCCUACUUUACUCAGGUGAUGCAGGAGGAGAGAUACAGGUGUGAGCGCCUGGAGGACCAGCUGAACGACCUGACGGAGCUGCACCAGCACGAGACCAGUAACCUGAAGCAGGAGCUGGCCAGCAUCGAGGAGAAGAUGGCCUACCAGGCCUACGAACGGGCCAGAGACAUCCAGGAGGUCCUGGAGACGUGUCAGACGCGCGUCUCAAAGCUGGAGCUGCAGCAGCAGCAGCAGCAGCAGACGGUGCAGCUGGAGAACACCGACGCCAAGGUGCUGCUGGGCCGCCUCAUCAACAUCAUGCUGGCCAUCGCCACCGUCCUGCUGGUCUGCGUUUCCACGGCGGCCAAGUUCACUGCGCCGCUGCUGCGCAGCCGGCUGCACAUGGUGCUCACCUGCGUGUGCGUGUCCCUGCUGGUGAUGCUGUGGAAGAACUGGGAACAGGUGGAGUUCACGCUGGACCGGAUGAUUGUCCCGCACUGACCCAGACCGGCCAGUGCGCCGGAAAUGUAGCCAACACCUUCACCCGUCCGAACCGAGAGCCUCGCCCAAAAUAACCAAAACGCAUCAGGAGACGAAGUCGUUCUGGACCGGGCUCGAGUCGGGCAGUAGAGGCAUGUGUCGCAGCUGCACCUCUCACCUCUGACCAAACCCAGUGCGGCGGAGAGCGCCUCCUACUGUGUCAUUUUUAAGAUUUGGUGCGACCAUUUUUGUUUUGUUUUGUUUGAAUCCUUCGUCUCGUGUCUCUGCUGGGUUUCAUAAAGGAACAAUCUGAGAAAUAUCCGUCUUUGUUCUUGUGUAAAAUAAACCCGAAAUCAGGUUUCAAGUCAGGUUUACUGAUAAACCGCAGUUCCUUUCACAAAUCCAGGAGGGAAAACUUUCCACAGAGACACUACAGCAUGCCUAAUAAAAUCAUUUAUACAGAAAUAUGUAGACAUGUCACUUUAAAUAUUUCAACUGUGAUUAGAAAGUGUCCAUAAAACCGUCCUGUAAGGUUUUAUAAGCACAUUUACGAGGCUCAGAUCAGCAGUUUUUCAGCCUGUUUUUCUCAUCUGCUGACUUUUAGUUUCACUUUGAACCAGCAAAGAAACAGAAAAACUCCCAGUAAGACAAACUGGUUUAUUCCCAGCACAGCUUCUGAACUGCCUGUUGUCUUGUUAACUUAAAGUGUUUUUUAAGUUGUUUUAAUGUAUGUAAAUGUUUUCCUUAAAGCUGCGGUUCUGCUCCCAGGUUUACGGUCAUCAUGUUCUGUUUAGAAUUGAAUUGUACAAAAAAGACAAAAACAAAAUGUGCAAACAUGUACUGUGAGGACGGAUGCAACGCCUGCAAACUUUAAAUGUGACUCAUCAAAAUGCCUUUUUAUGGACUGACCUGAAUAAAUGAACUUUGACAUGAAGCCUUUGAUGCUGUGCAGCGUUCAAGUCCAGUGGGAAUCCACGUGCUCUGGCUAAGACGAAACAUUUUAAAGUUUUUAAGCUGCUGUUAACCGUUUGAUCUUGAUUUAUUUCCGUAAGAUAUUACCCUCCAAAUUGGUUUCUAUCCCGUUUAAAAGUGACAAGAUUUCUUUUUUACCACAGGACCUGAAAGCAGCAUCACAAACUGAACGGUGGGAACUGAAACUUGUAGCUCAGAUUUUCCCUGAAUCGUUUGUCGAUGAAGACGGUGAAAUGGGACUGAUGCCUUUCCAAUGCAGCUUUUCAUUCUCUCCUGACUCUUAUUAUGUUAAAUGUCCAUUCAAAAACAACAAACAUGGACAAUCCUUUACAUUCUGUCUGAAUGUUUUUCAAAAUUUGCUCAACACUACUUUCAGCGGAAGAAACACUCUCACUUCUUUGUGCGCUUAGGUCAUAUUUGUGGGUUUCGUAAGAUUAUUCUUAUUUUUUUCACAGAAGGAAAUAAAACUGUUUUUCUAUCA